AUGGCUCCGCACCGGGACGACACCCCGGUGCAGACCGGCAGCAAGCCGCAUGCCGAGCACCUCCUGCACCGAUCCCUCGUGGUGCACCCGUCCAUGGUCACCUCCGCCAAGGGCACCCACCUAACUCUAAGCACCGGCCAGCGCAUCCUCGACGCAUGCGCCGGUGCCGCCGUCGCCGUCAUCGGACACGGCAACGACGAGGUCCACGACGCCCUCCUCGCCCAGGCCCGCAAGGUCAGCUACGUCCACACGCAGUCGUACACGACGCCCGUCGCCGAGGAGCUCGCCGACUUCAUCCUCGACGGCAGCCCGCACGGCCUGGAAAAGGCCUUUUUCGUGGGCAGCGGCAGCGAGGCCGUCGAGUCGGCCCUCAAGCUCGCGCGCCAGUACCACUACGAGCGCGGCCAGCCCGACAGGCUGCACAUUGUCUCGCGCAAGCAGAGCUACCACGGCAACACCAUGGCCACCAUGUCCGUCUCCUACAACGUCGCCAGAAAGGUCCCGUACCAGGGCUUUGCCUACCCGCACGUGUCGUACGUGACGCCCCCGUACGCCUACCGCUACGGGCUGCCCGCGGAGACGGAGGACGACUUUGCCGCGCGGCUGCUCCGCGAGCUGGAGGACGAGUUUCUGCGCGUCGGCCCCAGCAACGUCAUGGCGUUCAUCGCCGAGACGGUCAUCGGCGCGACCGCCGGCUGCGUGACGCCGCCGAGGGGCUACCUGGCGGGCGUGCGCGCCCUCUGCGACAAGUACGGCAUCCUCCUCGUCCUGGACGAAAUCAUGUGCGGGACGGGCCGCACCGGGACCUUUUUCGCCUUUGAGCAGGAGGGCGUCGUGCCGGACAUUGUCACGGCGGCCAAGGGGCUCGGCGGCGGCUACGCGGCCAUUGCGGGCAUCUACGUCCACGGCAAGGUCAUUGACGCGCUGCGCCAGGGGUCCAACGCUUUUAACCACGGGCACACGUACCAGGCGCAUCCCAUCUCCUGCGCGGCGUCCCUCGCGGUGCAAAAGAUUGUGCGGCGAGAAGGUCUCGUCCCGCGGUGUCGCGCAAUGGGCAAGGUGCUUGAGAGUCUCCUGCGCGCCGAGCUGGGCCACCUGCGGACGGUGGGCGACAUUCGCGGCCGGGGCCUGUUUUGGGCGGUCGAGUUUGUCAAGGACCGCGAGACGAGGGAGACGUUUAACCCCAAGGUGGGCUUUGGGAACAGGGUCCAGCAGGAGGCGUUUCGCAGGGGCGUCGCGGUGUACCCGGGCGCGGGGACGGUCGACGGCGUGAGGGGCGAUCACGUACUGCUGGCGCCACCGCUUGUCGUGACGGAGGAGGAGCUGCGGACGGUUUGCAGGGUGCUGCGAGAGGCAAUCGAGGCGCAGGAGGCUGCGGUGGCCGGGGCGUCGACGUGA